AGCUGGACAAAGGUCCAUUGAUUUAUUGUCUUUUUUUCUACAGAUGACCUCAAUUCAUGUGGAGGUUUGUGCAGAAUCAGCAGGGGUAGGGCUACAGAGACAUAUGUGUUUUGAAUAAUGAGCACAAUGAUGAAAUGUGGAUCAUUAAUAGGCUAGUCUGAUCAGUACUGGCAGUACUGUAGUGAGUAGUGAGUAAGUAGUAGUGAGUAGUGGAUUAAAGUACAGACAUUUGUAAAAUCUCUUUAAUAGAUAUUACAAUUCUAAUCUAGGGGGUUCUAAUCAAGGGGGGUAGGACUUCAAUAUUUUACUUUAAAAAUAACUAAAGUACAACAAAUAAAACUAGAUAAGAGAAUGUAUGAUUAGAGACAGAAACCUGAUUGCCAAUAAUUAGAUUUAUUUAAUAUAAUUGAUUCAUCAUUUAAGUCAUUUUAAUGAAAAAAAAUGAAUGAAAAAAUGUGAAGCUGUUACCAGCUUCUCAAAAGUGCAUAUUUGCUGGUCUGUCUUGUGUGAUAGCAAACUGAACAGUGUUUUUGGCCAUUGUUCAGAUGAAACAGGUAGGCUAAUUUAAAUAUUUUAAUUAACUGAUUAAUCAAUCAAAGCAACUAACAGGCGGAUCAGCCAACACUGAAGAUAGGCUAACUGUAAGUUGCAGCCCUAUAUGUAGCCUAUAAUAACGCGGGUUAUCAUCUGGAAUAAACCCAAAACAUAUCUCACCGUAAACAACACUAAACAGGUUUUUAUAUAAAAAGAAGUAGCCUGUGGGAUCCCCAGCAAAAAAUAUUAGGAGCCAGAGCUCAUGGGGACCUGAUUUGCAAUGGACCCGCCUCGUGUUUUAACCAAUGCCUUGCCGAACCAACCCGAUUCUACUAUCGCAUGAUUUCGUGAGGACAACAGCAUUAGUAUUAGCAGCUUAUCAGUAUUUAGCUCCCGCCGCUCCGUUCGCCCCCCUCCCCCUCUCCCCCCGGGGGGGUGGGUGUGCGUGCAUUGUCGACGCUGCUACUGUCUCUUUAAAUUUACCCAGGAGCCCCUUAAGGAGCCCCAGGGGCCCCUAGUCCGGCUCCCCACCCUGAAGACAAGCAAGAGCCUUAAAAUACAUUACUGGAGGCCUGCGCUGAGGCGCUUCCACUGAGAGCCGGACGGAGGAGCGCGUCUAUUCGCCAGCGGAAUACAUGAUUGUGUGAUUACAUGAAAAGUUAACUUGGCUCCCGUGCGGGGCGCGUGGGGGGACAUCGUAGAGCACGGGCUCCCCUGCGAUGGGCUCGUUAUAGAGCGCCUGCCAGAUGCGUGUCGAGCGGUGCGGAGCGGUGUUAACAUGUUACUGUUAACAUGUUGUUGUUAGAGUGACAUGUCCCGCUUCAGCGCUACGAUACAGUGAAGGAAGGAGGAACACUAGCCACUAUUAAAGCAGCAGCCGGGCCAGUGAUGGAAGAGAAAGAAACGGGGGAAAGCGAGCCUGUGGACCUCCGGUGUGCCGAGCAGGCUGAGCUGCUCUCAUUAAUAAUAAGCGGGGAGGAGGAAGCGACGCAAGAGGGUGACUUGGGAGGGGAGGAUGCUAUUGCCAAUGGCCAUGGUGAGAAGGAAUCAGAGCCUGACAUGGUCACACCUGUCAGGUCUCCAGGCACCAGCUACUGGAGCAUUACAGAGGGCCCAGACCAGCCGCUCCUCCUCUCCCCGGCCCCCGGCCCAUCUGGACGUAAACCCAGGGUCCAGAGGGCCUCACGUCCAGGCCUGAGCCGAAUCCCAGGCCGCGACCACCGCCGCUACUACCACGAGUACUGGCGCAGCGAGUACCUGAUGGACUUUGAUCCACAACGUCACGGGAUGAUCUGCAUGGUGUGCGGCAGCUCGCUGGCCACCCUGAAGCUCAGCACCAUCAAGAGGCACAUCCGACAGAAGCACCCGGACUCCCUGCUGUGGAGCGCUGCCGACAAGGAGGUCAUCCGCUCGGGGUGGGAGAGUCACCUGACUCUGGGGGGAGGUCAGAGAUCAUACAGCUCUACUGCUGGACCUUCACCUCAGGAAGAAGAUGAGCCAGUGGACUCAGACCAACAUGCUUCCGCAGAACCCCCAUACCCUGUGACACCCCAGGAGCAGCAACAACCCCUCAGUCUAUCUCCUCAGUCACAGGAGGGUGAAGCCCCCCAGCCACAAGAGGAGCAGGACCUCCCCGGGCCUUCAGCUCGCACCCUGGAACGCUACCUGAAUGACUCGCUGCACGCCUGGUUCCGUCAGGAGUUCCUGAUGGAGUAUGAGGCGGAAGCCAGCCGGCUGCUGUGCAUGGUGUGUGGAGGAGAGCUCCCCUCGCUUCACCUGGAUCACAUCAAGAGCCACGUGCUGGACACCCACCCCAACUCCUUGGUCUACAGCUCUGAGGAGAAGCACUGCAUCCUGCAGGCCUGGGCUCAGACUCAUGAAGAGUCAGAAAACUCAAUCAAAUCAGAGCCCAACACCAAAGAAGGUGGGGUGGACCUCUUUGCUCAGGAUGUGGAGGCCAUCCAGAUCAACAAUGACAUGUACCCAGGAGAUGAUGGCACUUUAACUCAGGACACUUGUCUUAUUGGUGAGGACGGAGGUGUUGGGGCUCCACAGCAGGGACCCCAGCCCCUCCGCCAGCCCAAGAAGAAGCGGCUGCGGGGGGGCGACCCGUGGCGGCUCCGCCUCGACUACCUGGUGGCCUACGGGCCUCAGGGCCGGGGCACGUUCUGCAUGGUGUGUUCUCAGGUCCUGCACGAAACCAAGGUCAGCAGCUUCCGCCGCCACAUUCAGGAAUGCCACCCCGAGACCAAAACCCUGAGCCGACAAGAAAGGGAAGCCAUGGCUGCUGCCUGGACCAAAGAUUAUUCUACUGAAGGCACGCAAAUUCAAGAUGAAAUCAACCCAAGCGGAGCCGAUGUCCUAGUCACCGCAGGAGAGACGAAUGAGGACGCUUACGCUGAUGUCGGAACACCCAGCAAAACGGGGAAGAAGGAGGAGGAUGUAAGUGGAGGGCAGGGUAACGCGAGGGAGGGCAGUACUCUAGCCACGCCCUCUCGCCACAGCCAUUACCCCGGGAAGGACCAGAGGAGGAACUACCAGGUGCGCUGGCGGAUGGAUUAUCUGAUGGAUUACGACUGUCGCAGACACGGGCUCAUCUGCAUGGUGUGUGGAGCCACGCUGGCUACGCUGAAGGUCAGCACCAUCAAGAGGCACAUCCAGCAGGUACACCCUCACUCUCUGGAGUACAGCCAAGAGGAGAAGCAGCAGGCCCUUCUGAGCUACAACCAGACCGCCCUGCCCUUCAUUCACUCUGACGACUGCUUCUCCUCCCAGGACCACGGACACACCGAGCUGGCGCCCGCUCCAGCACACUUUGGCACUUAGAAAGGUCUUCCGUCCGUUGCUCCUCACAUGGCCCCUGUUCAGAAACAGCCCCACCUUCUUUCUUAAAGGGAAAUUCAAGUAUGAUCCUCUUGUCCCCCCUUAUCCCCUGUGACUUCCCAAAUCUCAACAAUGCAGGUGCUGAGUAAAAUGUUACUUUGACCAGUAGUCAUAAUUGACAAAAUAUGUGAGGAAGUUGACAAAUACUGGAAUUUCCCCUUUAACUCUGGAUCUGAGAGCACUGCGGUGGCUAAAGUGGCAGCAUCGCGACCUAAAAAUGUCAUGGCCUAAAAAAUGAAUGUCCAGCCACUCAUUUGAAGCUAAAUGAUGUUACCAGUUAUCUCGCCAGAGAGAGAACUAGCCCCGCAAGUAGUCACAACUGCGUCACCAAGCUUCUAGCACUACCUAUUUUGCAAAGACACACAAAUUAAUUUCGCUUUUGCACUUUCUGGUCUGACCAGCCACUAUUAGACAUUAGAACUCUUCCAUGAGUGUCUGGACAUUUAGUUUUUUAACUCAAAAAUGGCCCUUUUGUAGUCAUAGUAUGUGCUGUCUACCUGUUACCUCUCAGGUCCAGGAGGGGCCCAGGGCUUGUUUCUGGUUAGGGCCAGAGUCUUACGCUCUCAGGAAGUUAGAGACCGAGUCUUCAGCGAGGCUGAGGUAAAUUAGUUUUACGAUAAUGUGUCUGAAGACAACACAGCACUUUGUCCCCAAAAAAUGUACUAAACCCAGCUUUCCUUCUGUACAGCCAACUGAAUGAGACUGUGUUUGAUGUUAUUGCUGAAGACAAUGAAAACCAGCGUGCAGUCAGUGAGAUCAGAUUUCUCUAGUCUAUUUAAUUCCUUGUUUACAGUGGAGGAGAGGGAUGUCUUCCUCUCUCUCAUCCAUUAUAAUGAGAUAUGUUAUCUCUCUGUCAGUCUGCAUUGUUGCUACGCCGGCCUGCAUCAUUUUCAUCAUCUACAACCCAUCUAACCUAACUGCACAAAAAAAAGAAUAUGUAAAUAUGUGGAAAAAAUAUAAACUUAUUUUUCCUUUAUACAAGCACUUUUAUGCACCCUGGUUUCUACAAAAUGUGUUUGUAAUUAUCUCUACUUCAUUUUUCUACUUCAUUCAAGAUUUCAGCAAUGAGCGUGUUCUUUAACAGAUGGAGAAUUGUUCGAUGGACUUUUGCUUUGAAGAGUUUGCUCCAGCUUUGGUACUGCUUCAUUUUUCCGUUCACUGUACAAAGUGUAUGCAACAAAAGAAGUUGUAGAAUAACUUACAGCUGUCUGUGAAAGAAAAGUCUGCCAUAAAAUGUCACUUCUUCACCUGGAAAAUGUAACUCAGGGAUUCUGUUGUCAUCAACAACCAUUUCAUCAGUGAUCUUUUAGGAACACGUGGGCUGUUGACAUUUGAAGAUACUGGAUACGUGUGUCAGCUUUGGUUGCAUAGGUGAUGCUAUAAGUACGACAGAGUAUUAGGGCCACUGUUAAAAACCAAAAAAUGGAGAUUUUGACAAAAAAGUAGAAAUAUUUCAGUAGAAUAAAUUCAUAAGGAAAACUACAAUGUAAUUUAGAGGACUACGCUAUAAUAUACUUUAAAAAGUCAGUAUUUCUGAUUUUUUAAAAAUUUUGAUUUAAAAUGAAGCCAUAAUUUGAGCAUUAGGGGAAAAAUAUUUUGAGAAAAAGUUCUAAUUUAAGAAGUUGUUAUAUUAUGGUAAGAAAAAUGUGAUGUUAGAAUUAAGUUAUAACUAGAAAAAGUUACAUUUGAAGAAACUUGUAAAGUUGGAUUGCAAGACAUACUUGGCAGAUUAUUAUACAAAAAGUAAAUAUUUUUAGCAUAAAGUCGUAAUUGGGGGGGGAGUUCAAGUUCAAAGUCCAAAUAUUCCAAGAAUUUGUAAUUUUUUGAGAAUAUAGUGGGAAUUUCACAAACUAUGUCAUGUCAAACUGAAGCAUACACAUAUUAGGAUUUGUUCCAUGAAAUCUCAGUUUCCCAACAGUGUCUGUAUUACUCUGUUGUACAGUGACAGAAUUUGCUCAGGUGAAGCUUUUGAUACAAAACUACUCCACAGUAGUAGUGAAGGACGAGUCUGCCCAGCCAAACUCUCCCUGCGACACCAUGAGAGCAGAGAAACUCUGUCAUAUUUCCAUUUCAUUGGUUCCCUUUAGCUAAGAAAAGGCCCCUCUAGAAGAGUUCUGACAUAGCACUUAAGUAUUUAAAAUGAAGUAAGUUACAGUGAAAUGAAAUGAGAUGAUGCUUUAGCUUGUGUGGGUGUGUUUAUAAUGUGUAUGUGUGCGAUGUUUUUUUUUGGGGGGGGGACCCUCUUUGGCUCCUCAUUUGUCUUCAGUCUCACCACGUCCGCUCACCUUUCAUCUGUACAUGGCCAAUAUGUGAGACAUGCAUUCUCUCUUCAAUGAUCUUUGAAUAAAUACUCACCGUCACACUGCCUGCUGUGGCCAUUUCUUCCCUGUCUUUUCUGAAUCAGGCUAGCCAGCCAUAUGUAUAAAUUGGCAAUCAAGUUCACUUUAUUCCCUUUUUUUCCCUUUAUAAAAGCUGUAUAAUUUCUUAACUAAUAAUAACUAAUGGCUUUAUUAAUUGAUAAUAAAUUAUAUACUAAUGCUUUAUAGAUCAGUUAGAAGCCAUUAUUAAAAACAACCUUUGGCUUACCAGGUUGUGAAAAAAUGGUCCUGCUCCAGAAUGAGUCCUACUUUUUUUUAGCUCUUUAAUAUACCGGUAACGCUCUCUAAUGGACAUUGUGGAAAAGUGCUGCAGAGAAUCCGAAUCAAACCCCAUUUAUUAACAACUGAAUAUCAACACCUAUCAACACUUUACAGAUGACCUUUGCUGAUCACUUAUCAGAAAGUGAGAAACCCACGAGUAUUUAUAUUUUUACAACAUUAUUUACUGACAACACGACAGUUGUUCUUAUUUAUGGCUUUGAACUGAUCUGUAAAGUAUCUAACUUAUUUAUUAACCAUUAUUAAAGUCAUUUAUUACAAAUGAUAAACCCUCAACAAAGUGGUCUGUUGGAAAACAAAACACUUUAGUCCAAUUUGACUCUCAGUUAUUAAAUUAUUGGUAAAUUAUAUAAGAUUGAUUAUUGAACUGAAUUUAUUUGAAAUUUGACACAUUUUUACAGUAUAAUUUGCUUUAAGGUCGGGCUGCGCAAUAAAACAA